AUGCAUUUCAUCAAGGCCAUUGUUUGGGGUAUAUCCUUUGCUGCUGUCAACGCAGCUGCUUUGCCUGCCGGUGGAUCUGGUGUCACUACCUGCGAGUACUCCGGCGGCGACCGAGCCUGCGAAGCUUAUUGCAUCGAGAAGGGUAAAACCUUUGUGUCAUGUGCACCUGAGUGCAUAUGCUCCGGCCGCUUGGGCAAUCCUCUGAGACGCCUUGUCAAGAGGAAGACUACAUCUUCUGCCAAACCUACCACUGUCAAGGUCCAGGCCACUACUUCCAAGAAGCCUACCACUACAUCCAAGCCUGCUACGACCUCCAAGAAGCCUACCACUACAUCCAAGCCUGCUACGACCUCCAAGAAGCCUACCACUACAUCCAAGCCUGCUACGACCUCCAAGAAGCCUACCACUACAUCCAAGCCUGCUACGACCUCCAAGAAGCCUACCACUACAUCCAAGCCUGCUACGACCUCCAAGAAGCCUACCACUACAUCCAAGCCUGCUACGACCUCCAAGAAGCCUACCACUACAUCCAAGCCUGCUACGACCUCCAAGAAGCCUACUACUACUUCAAAGCCAGCCACUACCUCCAAGCCGGUUACGACUUCUAAGAAGCCAACAACCACGUCUAAGCCUGCUACAACCUCCAAGCCUGUCACCACUUCCAAGAAGCCAACGACCACUAGCAAGCCUGCCACAACCUCUAAGCCUGCUACAACCUCCAAGCCUGUCACCACUUCCAAGAAGCCAACGACCACUUCCAAGCCUGCUACCACUUCUAAGCCUGCUACCACUAGCAAGCCUGCUACCACUUCUAAGCCUGCUACCACUUCCAAGCCUGCUACCACUUCCAAGCCUGCUACCACUAGCAAGCCUGCUACCACUUCCAAGCCUGCUACCACUAGCAAGCCUGCUACCACUUCUAAGCCUGCUACCACUUCCAAGCCUGCUACCACUAGCAAGCCUGCUACCACUUCUAAGCCUGCUACCACUUCCAAGCCUGCUACCACUAGCAAGCCUGCUACUACCUCCAAGCCUGCUACCACUAGCAAGCCUGCUACCACUUCUAAGCCUGCUACCACUUCUAAGCCUACUACCACUUCUAAGCCUGCUACCACUUCUAAGCCUGCUACCACUUCUAAGCCUGCUACCACUAGCAAGCCUGCUACCACUUCUAAGCCUGCUACCACUAGCAAGCCUGCUACUACCUCCAAGCCUCCCACCACAACCUCAAAGCCUACUACAACUUCCAAGGCUGCGACAACAACCUCCGAGGCUUCAUCGAGCUCAUCUUCCUCCAGCACCAGCUCCAAGGCCUCUACUUCUAGUGCCCCUGCUUCCUCUAGCAAGGCUUCAACCUCCACCAGUGCUCCCGCUUCUACAAGCAAGGCUUCAACCAGCACAAGCUCAGCUGCAGCUUCCACCAGCUCUUCUGCUGCUGUCUCAUCCUCCGUUGGUGUAUCGUCUUCUUCCGCUAUUGUCUCAUCUUCUGCUGCUGCCUCAUCCAGUGCUGCAUCCAGCCAGGCCACUGGCGCUCCUGCUGGCGGUGUCACAACCUCCACUUCCGAUGAUGACGAGUCCACCACCAGCACUCCUGCCAGCCAGUCUUCCAGCGUUGCCGCUUCUUCAAGCACUGCUGUGACUUCAGAUGAGUCUGACGACGAGACUACCACUGCCGUCUCCUCUACUUCUGCUGGCCAGUCUUCUUCCGCUGCCGCUACUGGCACCACUACUACCGAGGCCGACGAGGAGACCACUACUUCUGCUGCUGCUGGUACUACUUCUGAGGCUGAUGAUGAGACCACCUCAACAUCUGCCGCUGCUGAAACUACUACCUCCUCUGCCGCUGCCGGUACUACCUCUGAGGCUGACGAUAUGACCACCUCCUCUGCCGCUGCUGGAGCUACUACUACCGAUGUCGAUGAGGAGACUUCCACUUCUGCUGCCGCUGCUAGCACCACUGAUGAGGCUAACGAGACUACCACUUCCGCUGCCGGUGCUUCUACCACUGACGCCGAUGAGGAAACUAGCACUUCGGUUGCUGCAGGCACCACCACUUCGUCUGUCGCUGAUGUGGAGUCAUCCACUCAGGCUGCUUCUUCUACGUCAGUCGCUGAUGAUGAGACUACCUCCAGCCAAGCCGCUUCGUCUACCUCUGCUGCCGAUGACGAGUCCACCAGCCAGGCUGCCUCCAGCACUUCUGUUGCUGAUGAUGAGACAUCUACCUCCGCUGUCGCCUCUACUACUUCCGCCGCAGACGAGACCACUAGCCAGGCCGCAAGCAGCACCUCUGCCGAUGAGGAGUCAUCUACUCAGGUUGCUUCCACCAGCUCUGCUGUUGAGAGCACUAGCCAAGCCGCUUCCUCCACAUCGGUCGCUGGUGAUGAGACUACUUCCAGCCAGGCCGCAACAACCUCAUCUGCUGCCGAUGAGACAUCUAGCCAAGCCGCUUCUUCCACUUCUGAGCAAUUGACUGGCAACCCUGCCGGAAUUUCCACCUCUUCAUCUGCUGAGGAGUCAAGCUCUGCUGCUGCCACCACCUCUGAAGCCGAGUCUAGCUCCGCUGCUGUCACUACCUCAUCCGAUGCCGAGACAUCUUCCUCCACUGCUGGUGUUUCAUCCACUUCAGCCGCUGAGACAUCUUCUUCAGUUGCCGAGUCUAGCAGCUCUGCUGCCGCCUCCACUUCGGCUGAUCAGACCUCUUCCUCCUCCGCCGUUGAGACCUCUUCAUCUGCAGCUGAGUCUACCUCUGUUGCUGCUUCAACUUCCGCUGCUGAGACCUCAUCUUCAUCUGCUGCUGAGACCUCUUCAUCUGCAGCUGAGUCUACCUCUGUUGCUGCUUCAACUUCCGCUGCUGAGACCUCAUCUUCAUCUGCUGCUGAGACCUCUAGCUCUGCUGCUACUUCCAGCUCUUCUGCUGCUGAGACAUCUUCCUCUGCAGCUGAGUCUACCUCAGUUGCUGCUUCAACUUCCGCUGCUGAGACCUCUUCCUCCGCUGCCGCCUCUAGCACCUCUGCUGCUGAGACAUCUUCCUCUGCAGCUGAGUCUACCUCCGUUGCUGCUUCAACUUCCGCUGCUGAGUCUACCUCAGCUGGUCAGACCUCCAGCUCUACUGCUGAGACCUCUUCUUCCUCUGCCGCCGCCUCUUCCUCAUCGGCAGCUGAGACCUCCAGCUCUGCCGCUGCAACCUCCAGUUCUGCCGCAGAGACCUCUUCUUCAGCUGCCCAGACCUCCAGCUCUGCUGCUGAGACUUCAUCAUCCUCUGCUGCUGUCUCUUCCUCAUCAGCUGCUGAGACCUCUUCUUCCUCUGCCGCCGCCUCUUCAUCAUCGGCAGCUGAGACCUCCAGCUCUGCAGCUGAGACCUCCUCUUCUACUGCUGCCUCCAGCACCUCUACAGCUGAAGCUACAUCUACUUCAGCUUCUGAGACAUCCUCCUUAGCUGCUCAGACCUCCAGCUCUGCCGCUGAGACCUCUUCUUCCUCAUCAGCUUCUGAGACCUCCAGCUCUGCUGCUGAGACCUCUUCUUCCUCUGCCGCCGCCUCUUCAUCAUCGGCAGCUGAGACCUCCAGCUCUGCAGCUGAGACCUCCUCUUCUACUGCUGCCUCCAGCACCUCUACAGCUGAAGCUACAUCUACUUCAGCUUCUGAGACAUCCUCCUCAGCUGCUCAGACCUCCAGCUCUGCCGCUGAGACCUCUUCUUCCUCAUCAGCUUCUGAGACCUCCAGCUCUGCUGCUGAGACCUCUUCUUCCUCUGCCGCCGCCUCUUCAUCAUCGGCAGCUGAGACCUCUAGCUCUGCAGCUGAGACCUCCUCUUCUACUGCUGCCUCUAGCACCUCUACAGCUGAAGCUAUAUCUACUUCAGCUUCUGAGACAUCCUCCUCAGCUGCUCAGACCUCUAGCUCUGCCGCUGAGACCUCUUCUUCCUCAUCAGCUUCUGAGACCUCCAGCUCUGCUGCUGAGACCUCCUCUACUUCCGAGACUUCCAGCCAGCCCACGACCUUUACCACGAGCACACGCACUGAGUCGGAGUCCUCUACAUCUGAGGCUUCUACCACCACAACUGCCUAGAUCUAGACGAUGUGGUCUUGGACGCGAUGUCUUGACGCGAUUGCGCAUGGUGACAGGUCUUUAGAGAGACCAAUCUAAUACACAUGAUAAUCUACUUACUAUUAGAGACUGUGAUAUAGUUUAGAUUAGCUUGAAUCUCAUGACUGUUUCAUC